AUGGCCAGUCCGCUGGUGCGCGCGCCUGUCUCCGAGGAGACGCGCCUUGCGUGUUUCCAUGCGCUUCCCGAGAAGCCCUUCUGGAAAGAGAAACUCGACCAAAUCAGCGGCGUUCUCUUCCUCAGCGACACGAUGCGGCACCGGGGCCGGCUUAUACUCAGCACCAUCAUGCCGCUCUACGGAGACGCGCAACUCCUGAAAACCUACUUUGGGAUCGCAGAAGAUGACCUCUCCGGGAGAUUGUACUUUCUCGUCUUGCACGUUUGGCUGCUGCAUCGACGUCUCGUUGCCCUGCAAGAGGAGCUGACGAGGGACGCGCUCUGGGAGGCCGUCGACGAUCUCUAUCGCGCGAUUCUCUCCGAGGCGCACGUCAGCGAGAUGCGGCUCUCGGCGUAUGUUCGGGAAAUGCAGCAAACCGCCCUCGGCUUUUGCCUCCUGCUCGACGAGGCUUUCGAUCGGCCUCUCUUCGCUGGAGAGACUGCCCUCAGGAUUUGGUUCAUGGUGUUUAAGGCGAAGGAGGAACGUCGCUUCUCCCCGCACGUCCUCGACCUCACGGCCUACCUUCUGAGGACGAGCAAAUUCGUCGCGGAAAUCCCCACGGACCUCCUUCUCCGCGGAAGCUUUUCUUGGCCCCGGUGGCCGCCGCAUCUGGACGGCGCGCCGGCUGUCGAGGCGGAGACGGAAGACGGCGGCAAAACGUUUUUCUCAAAAAUGUGA